GACGUUCCCGUGUAAACAGCCAAGCUCAGUGCGCAUUCAGCUCAGCACGAGGAUAGGUUUCUGUGCCCUGGAUUUAUACAUUCGAGCUGCACUAAAAGAUGUCCGCACCACCUCCGGUGGUUCCGAGAAAGCAUUCAGGGGUCCGCGUCAUGCCAACUCCAGGAGAGCAGCCUCCUCCUGGUGGCCUUCCAAUCUACAAAGACUCUGGAAAAGUGAACGGUGACACUGGGGAGUCAAAUAAUACAUCUCUACUGAAUGCAGCGAGAGAAGUGGAGAUUCUGAACCACUGCUUUGAUGAUGUGGAGCGAUUCAUGUCACGCUUGCAGCAGACAGCCGAGGCCCAGAGCAUUCUCAACCAGAGGGGGAAGAAGACGAGAAGCAGGAAAAGCAAGAAGAAGCAGAACCAAGAUGAUGAUUUGUUGACCAUGAAAGCUUGCCCUCCGUCAGAGGAAGAAUUUGUGGAUAUCUUUCAGAAAAUCAAGUACUCUCUCAGUCUGCUGGACCGCCUGAAGUCAUCCAUCACUGACCCUGAUGCACCGGACCUGUUGCAUCCCAUCUUUGUGCCUCUUAAACUGAUGGUGAAUACCACUGGAGGGCCAGAGUUAGGUGCAUCAGUGGUCAGUCCUGCUAUGACCAGUGGUGCUGUUUCACUGCUCCAAGAGCACCUGACUGAGGGGGAAAAGGGGCUGUGGACUUCAUUAGGGCCCAACUGGACUUCACCCCGUUCACAGCUUAGUGUGUCUGUUCCACCAUACACACCUGUCUUCCUGGAUGGGUGGCAGCCUCCUGCCUCUGAUUCAACCAGCCAGACUUUGGAGGAUCCCAUUGAGUCGCAGCACAAACAAGAUGCCUUCAGGGAAAGUAGGGCGGCACAAACUCUACAGAACCAACCACGACAGACAGCGGAAGGCCAUGCGGAAGACACUGAUGAAGUAAAUGAAAGUAGCCUUCCGCCAGAGGGUGAGAGACUUUACUGCUGCAGUUAUGACUUUGUGGCUCGAAACAGCAGUGAGCUCUCUGUGCUACAAGGAGAAACACUAGAGGUGAUUGAGUCAUCAAAACGAUGGUGGAAGUGUCGAAAUCGCUUUGACCAGAUAGGAUUUGUCCCCUUUAAUAUCCUGGAGCCUCUGUCUGCUCUGAAUAACACUGGGAGAGACAGUCCAGUGGUACGCAGACAGUCAACGAGGACGGCCCUUUCCCCUCGGUCAAAGUACUUCUCAUAUGCUCCACAAAGCCUGACUGGGACCAGUCCGACAAGCCCAUUGCGACCACAGAGCAUGGUUUUACCUUCAACAACAAUGCAGGGAGAGGACAGUGACCGGGUCCUAAUAAUGAAUGAUGAGCUUCUUCAGCGGCUGGCUGAGAAGAGAGGCUCAGUCCGCAGGGUGGUCCCCCGCACAGCUGACACUUCUGUCCCCCUGAACUAUCACUCACCGUCUGCUGAGGUGGAGGCCUGGCUCACCAGCAAGAGCUUCAGUCAGCAGACGAUUCAGAGUCUGGGAAUUCUGAAUGGAGCUCAGCUGUUUUCCCUGAAUAAAGAGGAGCUCCGCGUGGUGUCACCAGAGGAAGGUGCAAGAGUUUACAGCCAAAUCCUGAUACAGAAGGCCCUCCUGGAGGUUUGUCGACUGUUUGUUUUGGCUGUACUGUGUGUUUUUGUGUGUGUGUUUGGUUGGUCAUGCCUGGAUCCAGAUUUUUUGAGGUGGUUGUUUGCUUAGCCUUGACUGAUGCACAGACUUGCGUCAUUUUACAUUGUUACUGACCUACAUUGAUUAGACAUUAUUUACUUUUUGAUUUACAAAACUCCAAAUCUAUAUUAACUGAAGUGGACCUUGUUGAUCAAUAGCUGUGGUGGGUAGAUUUUAUAGUUAAUUACUAAGGAGCCCUCUUGUUGUUGGUCUGGUAUUAAACAAAUAUCAUAAUGCGCAUACAGCACAGACACUGGUUUUAUAAUGCAACCGAAUGACAGCAAAAAUAACCGUUUCAAACUAAUGGAUAAAGACGUUGGGAGGAUUCUUUACCAAGGUCAAGGCUGUAGAGGGGUUGUGAAGGGCAUGCAGUGAGAUAAACCACUAACAACACCUGAGUUGUUUCACAGCAUGUUCAGCAUGUCUAUCGACUGAUGUAGAGUAUCUCACAGUUUUUCACUCAUUACGGUUGCAACAGAAGAGAGGAAACUAAAGUCUCCUGGAGAAUGCGGGCAUAGAUCGCACUACCUCUUGCAUGCUAAAUGAGCGUUCUCUGCUCAAAGACGAGGUGGCUGAGUGGUUAAGGCGAUGGAUAGCAACGUAGCUGGUUACUUUGAUUGUAGUCUUCACCAUGUAUGUCACGAAUCUCCCAGUGUUAGACCAGCAGGUGCUUAAACGAACGCACUCGUUGCCAUGUUAAUGUCCGUGUAGCUUUCUGUCGUUCCUCUCUGAGCACUUCCUUCGAUAGCUCAGUUGGUAGAGCGGAGGACUGUAGGUGGGUAGAGACAGCGAUCCUUAGGUCGUUGGUUCAAAUCCGGCUCGAAGGAGGAUCUUUUUCUUGGCCUGUAUGUAGCUUUUUGCCAAUCGGAAAGCAACGUAUCUGGUUACUUUGAUUGUAGCUCACGGUUUUUCACCCAUUACUUUUGCAACAGAAGAGCGGAAACUAAAGUCUCCUGGAGAAUGCGGGCAUCGAUCCCGCUACCUCUCGCAUGCUAAGCGAGCGCUCUACCAUUUGAGCUAAUUCCCCUUGCGGCCCCCCACAAGGCACUGCGAUCAGACCUGAGAUGGGUUCGAAUCCCAUCCUCGUCGCACUUGAGGAAACUUUAAUCGGCCAUCUUCACAUGUCAGCAAAAUACCAAACCUUAACUGGCAUUUAAGCUGUGUUUCUCAUGUGGCUUUAAGCAAAUGCUCGCUGCAUGCUACGUGCUUCGCUCGGGCAUGUCCGUCUAGAGGCCCCCUACCCGUCGUCCUCGUCUGUUCGGAAUAGAAAGAGUUGAAGGCAGUCUUUUUCAGAGCCGCCUGUUUCGUUGCUUGAUUUCUUUGGGGAAAAAUUUCAAAGCUCACGGUUUUUCACUCAUUACUUUUGCAACAGAAGAGAGGAAACUAAAGUCUCCUGGAGAAUGUGGGCAUCGAUCCCGCUACCUCUCGCACACCGCCUGCUGACACAAACGAGCUCGCAGCUCAACGACGAGGUGGCCGAGUGGUUAAGGCGAUGGACUGCUAAUCCAUUGUGCUCUGCACGCGUGGGUUCGAAUCCCAUCCUCGUCGCACUUGAGGAAUCUUUAAUCGGCCGUCUUCACAUGUCACCAAACCU